AUGGAGAGCUUGGCCUUGCAAGCAGUGACCCUUAGUGAUGGGACCACAGCCUAUAUCCAGCAGGCUGUCAGAGGUGAAAAGCUAAUUGAAGGGCAAGUGAUUGAACUUGAAGAUGGGACCACAGCUUAUAUCCAUCAGGUGACAGUUCAGAAAGAGUCUGUGCCUUUUGAGGAUGGUCAGCCUGUGGUGUUGGAGGAUGGCAGCAUGGCCUACAUACACAGCACAGAAAGUUAUGACCCCAGCACCUUUGAGGCCAUCCAGCUGGAGGAUGGUUCCACUGCCUACAUACACCGUCCUGUCCUCGUGCCACCUGGCAGCACCAUCCUGGAAGUGCAGGCAGAAGCUGGACUGGAGGAGCUGGCUGGAGAGGAGGAAGAGGAUGCCUUUGAUGUUGAGACCACGAGUGCAUUAAGGGAGUACAUCAGUAAGGAUUUGCAGGAGGAGGAAGUGCCCAGCCCUGAGAAGGGGCAGGGGGUUGGCAGCAGAGCUUUCCAGUGCGGGUACAAGGGCUGUGGUCGCCUCUACACCACUGCCCACCACCUGAAGGUACAUGAGCGUGCUCACACGGGUGACCGGCCCUACACGUGUGACUUCCCAAGCUGUGGGAAAGCAUUUGCUACAGGGUAUGGGCUGAAGAGCCACGUGAGGACUCAUACUGGUGAAAAACCAUACAAGUGUCCAGAAGACAUGUGUAGCAAAGCCUUCAAAACCUCUGGGGAUCUGCAGAAACACAUCAGGACACACACAGGGGAACGUCCCUUCAAGUGUCCCUUUGUGGGCUGUGGCCGCUCCUUCACCACCUCCAACAUCCGCAAGGUUCACAUCCGCACCCACACGGGCGAGCGGCCCUACCUGUGCCCAGAGCCCAGCUGUGGCAGGGGCUUCACCAGUGCCACCAACUACAAGAACCACAUGAGGAUCCAUACAGGGGAGAAGCCUUACCUGUGCACGGUGCCGGGCUGUGGGAAGCGUUUCACCGAGUACUCCAGCCUCUACAAGCACCACGUGGUGCACACACACUGCAAACCCUACACCUGCAGCAGCUGUGGGAAGACCUACCGUCAGACCUCCACCCUGGCCAUGCACAAGCGCAGCAGCCACGGCGAGCUGGAGGCCACCGAGGAGAGCGAGCAGGCCCUCUACGAGCAGCAGCAGCUGGAGGCUGCUGCUGCAGACAAAGCCCCCCCCCUGGAGAGCCAGCACGUUGCUUUCCUGUCAGAGAUGGAGGAAGAUGAAGAGGAAGAUGCCAGUGGUGUGUCCACACAGGUCUCACUUCUCUCUCAGGAUGGGACAGAGCAGGUCAGUCUGUCACAGGAGGAGCUGCAGGCCCUGGGCAGUGCCAUCAGCAUGGUGACACAGAGCAGUGCCCUCCUGCCUGAGGAGGAGCUGGCAGGUGGUGACACACACACCGCGGGCAGCCCCGGGACGCAGCCGGUUGCCAUAGUCACUUCUGGGGCAGCUGUGUCUGAAGAAUCAGCCAUCACGUCCCUCUGUCAUCAGCAGGUGGCAUUGCUGGCUACCCCCAGUGGCACCCACAUCGCAGUGCAGCUGGAAGAGCAGCAGAGCCUGGAGGCAGCCAUCAGCCUGGCCACAGCAGCCAUCCAGCAUGAACCUGUCACAGCAGCCGUGUCACCAAAUGGGUGCUGA